CGGUGCCACGGCUCUCCAGCUCUGAAGGCUCUGAAGAGCAGGGAGAUGGAAACAAGAGAAUAGCUACUGAUAUCCAACAAGGACAGGAACUGCUUCAACGUCUGCAACUGGUGCAGCAACGACAGGAGGUUGACCAAGAAACGAGAUGUGAGGAAAAUGAUGUGUUUGAGGCAGAAGUAGAUGAUUUGACAGCAAGAGAAAUUAAGCCGAUGGGCGGAGAUGAGAGGGAAUACAGUAGACUUCACACUUCUAUGGAUGAGGGAGCCAAGGCGAACCUGAAGGAAAAGCAUGAAGAGAACGAGAGUACAGACGGUGGGAAAGCAAGGAUGUCUUUUACCACAAUGUCUGAACAGCUAGCGGACCAGAGGAUUACCAGAACAGACGCCGAUAACUCUGAUGACGAUCAAAGUGACAGCUGUGUGCCUGCGGAUUCGUCUCCAGUCAACUCUCAUGAAACCAAUGAAAUUCGCAGUCUAUCUGCCAGACACCAAUUCUCAGCUGCCGAAAGCUCCGUGGAGAAGCAGAUCCAAGAGGCAGGCCAGGAGAAGCAAAACCUGCAGAGAGCCGGAGGUAUCCUCAAUCUUGCGGAUAAUCCGGAUGUACUGGAGAUUCCCUUUAAGACCAAUAUCUCGCUUGAACCAAUCCCCCCCCAGGUUGGCCAAAGCCAACGCAGCGACUGGCAGUUCUCCGAGAAGAAGAUGCAGAAGGAGAUAAGUCAGGAGGCUCAGAGAGAACUGGUGCUGGUAAACCAGAGGAAAAUCCCAGGAGGAUACAGCAAAGGAGAGGUCCGCCAGUUAAAGGAGACAAAGCUGCUAUUUGAGGCUUUCCAGCAGGACAACACGGAGGGUCCAACAAGGAACAGGAAACUCCCUACCGCACUGAUAAGAGGUCAUGUGUAUCCCUCUGUGCUGGAGCGCACACGUAGCCUAGAGAUGUUUUCCCUCAAAAGUUGCCCCAUUGCCAGAACAAAUUCCCUCAGGCUGUACGAAUCUACAACCUCUGAGGGGGAGCAAAGUGCUGAAAACCUCAGAUCAAAGAGCCCACCUGGGGGUACACGAGACAAAACACGCUUAUCCCCUUACCCAAAACAAGACAAACAGCAACGCCUGUGCAGAAGCAUGGACUCCAUAGGCACAGAUGUGUCCACAUCAGCUGUGGAUACUAGGGGCAAAACAAGGGAGGGAAUCACAAGACAAGGGUCUCCCAUCCUCAAACACAACCCCUUCUUCAAGCUGCGUCCAGCCCUGGCUCUGCAGCCGGAGGUAGAGAAGGACAUCCGGGAGGCCAAAGAAAGAGAGGAGGAGCUGCGCAGACAGAGAUGCACUCUGUAUGGAGAGAAUAGGCAAAACAGUCAAGAGGAAGAAAAGUCACGAUUGACAAAAACGCUCGCACCAGAUGUCAGACAUCAGUCCAGGGGGAAACUGGAGCGGGUCUGGCCUCCGCCCUCCAAGCAAGACCAGAUAAAAUCUGAGCAGACACAGCAGGAGCCAAAAGUCCACAGAGCAGGGGGUCAGAAGGCUCCUCUGUGGCAACGCUGGGAGUCCGGCAUGAUCAACGGGCAGCCAUCACAGGAAAAGAACUGAUAUUGACCAUCCUGUCAACACUACACAUAAAAUAUCUAUGAUCUGCGAUGCUAGACAGCUGCACAAAUCUAAGUGGAGAUGAAUCAAUUUAACUAAAAACCCUUAUGGUAGUUCCAGCUUAAGUUCGCUCUGGCUAACUCUGCUUUGUAUCUGUGUAAAAUUCGCUUUUUUUGAUAUCUUGAACAUUAGUUUUAUUCAGCAGAUAAAUAAAGCAAGAGUAUCACUUCAA